AUGCUCGCACGCCUUUUUCGGUCAUCCUUCUACCUUGGUGUUGUUUCUUUCAUCGAUCCUUCCGAUUGGUCUUCUUCUUCAUCACCAUCUAGUGAAAGACUCGUCGAUUAUGGCGAUUAUGGCGAUUAUGGCUUCUGUGAUUCUCUCCUCUUCGGCUCUCCAAUCUCCAAUUUCACUCUAAAAACAUCGAUUGAACUUCUCGCUUCCCCGAUCACUCGAGUGAUUGCUACAACAGCUGCUGGUGUUGCUGCUUAUGGAUUACCACCAGAGGUUUCUAAAGUAGAAGUAGAGAAUGCUGCUCAGCAUUCUGUGGCUUUGGUUGACUGCAAUUAUGGUGUUAAUGCUUUUUGA